AGAGGCUCUUCCGCCGUCCUUCAGGCCCUCUCCUUUGCAGCUUCGGGUGUUAGCUCUAGUUCUGCCUUACGCUUGGAGGAGUCUCCAGGCAUUGCUUCUCCGGCUUCCUUUAGGGAUCUUCCCGGGGCGGCCCCCGUUCUAUUCUACACCUCAUUUCUCUGUACAGUGCCCUCAACUUGCUCAGCCGCCCUCACCUGGCGGUGACGUGAUCCAAAGGUUAAAUUGUGAGCGGAGGUCCUGGCCCUCGGCACCACUUCCUGCUGUCCCCGAUCCGAGGGUCCAGGUCCCAGACACCGGCCUUGCCGUCCAGCUUGCCCUUGGUGUAAGGUUCUUGGGAGUGCGAAGACUCCUGUCCCCUUAACCGGUUCUAGGGUCAGUGUGUCCCUCGAUUCCCGAACCCUGUCAUCAAUCUUCUGCCGGAACUGUUGUACCAGAGGCCACGUUUCCCAGCCGGCGGAGUGAAGAGGAAGCGAAGUCCAGAGCGCGCCCACCACUGAGGAAAGGAAAGGGGCGGGCCGUGCGCGCGGCAUUUUGGGAACCCGUGGUAUUCUGGGAACGCGGUCGCCGCCAUUCGCUUGCCUCACGCCUUCGCGGUUGCAUAAAUUUUUGCCACAGCGUAGAGAAGGAGUAGUAGUCCGCCGUCGAACUCUCUUCCAGCCAAGAUGUCUAUUGGUGUGCCGAUUAAAGUCCUGCACGAGGCCGAGGGCCACAUUGUGACAUGUGAGACGAACACGGGUGAGGUAUAUCGAGGGAAGCUCAUUGAAGCGGAGGACAAUAUGAACUGCCAGAUGUCCAACAUCACAGUCACAUACAGAGAUGGCAGAGUAGCACAACUGGAACAAGUAUACAUCCGUGGCAGCAAGAUCCGCUUUCUGAUUUUGCCUGACAUGCUGAAAAAUGCACCAAUGUUAAAGAGCAUGAAAAAUAAAAACCAAGGUUCAGGGGCUGGCCGAGGAAAAGCUGCUAUUCUGAAGGCCCAAGUGGCUGCAAGAGGAAGAGGACGUGGAAUGGGACGUGGAAACAUCUUCCAAAAACGAAGAUAAUUUUCUCUGUUGAACAGAACUUUUCCCUUUUUCCUUUUAGAUUAUCUGAAUACAUGGGGGUAGGUGCCUGUAUGUAUGUCCUAGGUUUUGUUUUGGGGUUUUUUGUUUGGUUGGGUUUUUUGGGGGGGACUUGUUUAUUGACAUAUUUCUCUUUAGAUCAGAGGAAAUGUCAAACUAAUAAAUUUGGUGGUUUUGGUUUUUGAGAAAAUAA